UUUCAUCCACUUGUCCUUUCUCGUUUCUCCUUACUCUGCUAUUCUACUCUACGAUUUCAUCAGCAUCGCCUCUGCUAUUUCCUCAUUUCAUCAGCAUCAGCACAGUUGUCGCUGUAUGUCUUGGCCGCUAACAUUCACAAAACACAAUUCACAACCACACACAAGAUUUGAGUGUCUCGUUCUCGCACUCUCGCUGUAGCCUACUUCAAUCGCAUAUCCUUCUCGCAUCAUCGCUCCAGCUUAAGUCGUUCUUACUUCAAUCGACGACGUGUUCAAUUCAGUGUCCAUGGUGCACGCCGCCGACUCGUUUCUUUGAAUCCGACAUACCUGGGAGGCUGCGACGACUUCUCCGGCUCCACAGGAAAUGACAUCUUUCCUCUCAUUGAAGAUCCGAUUCCCUUAUAUAUUCAAUUCAAUCAAUAAAAUCACACCAGAAAACGAAAAUAAACAUAAACCGCAGUCCACCUGUCACAUUGUUUGUAAAGACACAUGGUGUAACAACAACAACAGGCGGCAUGUCAUAGCAAGUGGCGGUGUUUCAAUCUUAGCAUUCAACUAUGGAUUGCCACUAGCUUGGGCUGAAAAUGAGCAAGAGGAGAAAGAUGAAAGUUUAGUAGGGGCAUUUAAGUCAUUAUUUGACCCUAAUGAGAAGACAAAAUCCGGGAAAGUGUUGCCAAAGGCGUACUUGAAUUCAGCACGAGAAGUAGUGAAGACUUUAAGGGAAUCAUUAAAUGAAGAUCCGAAUGACAUGGCAAAAUUUAGACGCACUGCGGAUGCAGCUAAGGCAUCCAUACGUGAGUACCUAGGCAGUUGGAGGGGAGAGAAAACAGUAAUAAACGAGGAAUCAUAUGUUGUGAUUGUGAAAGCAAUUAGAGCACUGGCAAGUUUCUACUCAAAGGCGGGCCCAUCUGCUCCACUUCCAGAAUCAGUCAAGUCAGAAAUCAUGAGCAAUCUUGAUACCGCAGACAAGUUUUUGUGAGCCUUCAUUUUGGGUCUUACAAGUACAACAAUUUAACAAUUUAGCACGACGUGCUUUUCUCAUUUUAUCAAUUUAGUCAUGUUAUGUAUUUUUUUUGUAGUGAUAAAAAAAUCGGUGUUGAACAUUAUAUACAAUUCAAUAUUUUUUCUUGUGAUCAAA